AGAAAGUAGAGGUAGUGUUCGAAUUUUAUUUCGAAUUUUUAUUUGUCUUUUUUUCGGAAACAUUUUUCGUUUUUGUCUGUUUGGCACACCAUGAGGACGUCAAUAGCUUUACCGAUAUUUUGCCUUGGAUUACUACAAGUUACAGCUUUAAAGAGAGAUACCCUCGACUCUUUAACUAACCUCUGCAUAGAUAGCACCUCCCAUAAAACAACACCAAGCAGGGAAGCAUCUCUUUAUAAACAGUGUUCUCCAUGGAAGGAAAGGUCGUGCUGUACAGAAAACACUACAAGAAUAGCCCACGAAUCUACCACUGAUCUGUAUAACAUUGAUUUUGGCCAUUGUGCUCCUCUCUCCAAGAAGUGUAAGGAACAUUUUGUUCAAGACAUCUGUUUUUAUGAAUGUUCACCCAAUACAGGACCCUGGUUGAUUGAGAAACCCAACAAUAAAUAUGUGACGGAAAAGGCAAAUAAUGCACCAUUGUGUGAAAGUGACUGUACUAACUGGUAUAACGAUUGUAAAUAUGACUUAACAUGUGUAGAGAACUGGGGAGAGGAUUUUAACUGGACGACAGGGGUAUCAACUUGUCCAACCAACAGCCAGUGCAAGACAUUUGAGGACAUAUAUGGUUCCGCUGCUAAAUUCUGCAGUAAAGUCUGGAAUUAUUCCUGGAAGAUGGUUCCUGAUAGUGAACCUUGUAUUCAUAUGUGGUUUGAUAGCUCAAAAGGAAAUCCCAAUGAUGCCGUCGCUCUACAACAUGCGAAAAAGAUUUUGAAUGCUGGAAGUAUAUUUGGUACCAGUCCUAUGGUGGCAAUGGCUGUCUCGAUUUUGUAUUUGUUUUCUUCUUAA